GAUACCUAGGUAGUCGAGACGUGAACACAGGCGUCGCCCAAGGCAUGUGAGUGAUUUUUUAGUUACGUGGGGGCCGCCAACCUAAGACAUGGCACCCCUAUGGAGACGCCCGCUAUGAUGAGGCAAGAUGUUUUGUCUAUUCUUCUUCAUCUCCUGCGCCAUCCAACAAGACGACACGGCAUCGUCCGUCCGUCCCGCCAUGAAAGCGAGAGAUUGUUCUCGUUCCCGCCUGGCCCGUGCGCGGCGACGACUAGUCUCGUCGCGCUGCCGCCGCCUGCGAUAUAUCGUGCACCUAACCACUUCCCAUUCACCCCCUCCCGUCCUUCACCGCAACGCCCCCCGGGGCCCACGCAAAGAGAGAGGAAGUCGAUAGCCCUGGGCCAGACAAGUCGGUGUGUGCGCGCGCGUCUACCAGGCUGGCCCAACAUCGGCUCGCGCGACAUGCACUCUCUGCUCCUGCUGCGAUUUGG